UCGGACUUGAACCUCCAUGAAAAGAAACCAUUGAUCGUCCCUGGACGCAAUCAUGUAGCAACAUUAUUAGUUCGACACUACCACAACAAGAUAAAACAUCAAGGUCGCCAUUUCACAGAUGGAGCGAUUCGAUCCGCAGGAUUUUGGAUCGUAGGAGCAAAACGCUUAAUCUCAUCUAUUAUUCACAAAUGUGUGACAUGCCGCAAACUCAGAGGAAAAACUGAGUAUCAAAUCAUGUCUGAUUUGCCAGAGGACCGUCUUGAACCUUCACCUCCGUUUACUAACGUUGGAAUAGACACCUUUGGACCCUGGACAAUUAUUUCACGUAAAACACGUGGUGGAUACGCCAACUCAAAACGUUGGGCAAUUUUAUUCACAUGCUUAGUGACAAGAGCUAUUCACAUCGAAUUAAUCGAGGAAAUGAGUUCUUCGGCCUUCAUAAACGCUGUCAGGAGAUUCGCCGCUAUAAGAGGCCAAGUAAAGAUUUUCCGAUCUGACCGUGGAAUAAACUUUAUUGGCGCAAUCGACGAUUUAAAGAUUGACUCAAUCAACGUUGAAGAUGGACCCUUCAAGAACUUUCUGUACAAUUCUGGUACAACUUGGAUCUUCAAUGCGCCGCAUUCGUCCCACAUGGGUGGAGCCUGGGAAAGAAUGAUUGGUAUCACCAGAAGAAUUCUUGAUUCUAUGCUUCUAAACGCAGCCGGAAGAAGCCUUACACAUGACGUGCUGAACACACUAAUGGCAGAAGUUUCAGCAAUAGUGAACUCUAGACCUCUGGUACCGGUAUCAACAGAUCCAGAGAAUCCGUUAAUAUUAACUCCGGCUAUGUUAUUGACACAGAAAACCGACUACGUUUUCACUUCAGACCAUCUUGGGGAAUUCGACAAACGAGAUCUCUGUCUUGCCGAAUGGAGACGAGUACAGGCUCUGGCCAGUGUUUUCUGGUCCCGUUGGAGGAAGGAAUACCUGCCGUUACUACAACAACGACGAAAAUGGACCGAAGAUCGCCGUGAUCUCAUCGAAGGAGACGUCAUUCUUCUUAAGGACAAAAACAUUUGCCGUACCCAAUGGCCCGUUGGAAUUAUAGUGAACUCAUUUAAAAGUUCAGACGAACAUGUCCGAAAAGCAGAAGUGCGAGUUAUCGUUAAUGGAAAAGCCACAACCUACACACGCCCUAUCGUGGACAUGAUUCUUCUCAUAGAGAACUCUCCUGUGUAAAUAUAUGUAUAUAUCUCUGGAUUUAUAUAGUGACAUUCAUAUGUGUUAUAUCUUAUGGAAUAAUAGUGAUAUCAGGUAGAUUUCAGACGGGGAGUAUUCUGGAUCAUAUCCGCAAUUAUAUUCACUGUAUAGUCUAUCUGAUUGGAUUUUUAGACAUCCGCAUUUUCCGGAAAUAAUCUGGACUUCUCCGUAUUUUCACUAGUGCUUACUUUCUCUUCCUCACCGGUCUAUUGCAAAUGGAUGCCACGACAAAACUGCUCCUGCGGAUAUUGUGACAAAUCACCGUCAAUUUACCAAACAUUACACACUCUGUAAAACUCCUGUAUCAUUUCUGGUGGAAUUAUAAUCUACAAGCUUCACACGCAAGUUGUUAUUCU